UGGAAGGUGAACGAUGGCUCCAAGGGUGCUGGGAUAUGAUGCAGUUCAUACAGUGGUCGUUUUCAGAGACCUAGAUCUUGAGAAAAUAGUGCCAAGUAGAUGUAAAAACAAUUUGAUAUGUGCACUAGGGAAAGACCAUGUAAAACGUCCACAUUAGUAAUGAAAAUGGUAGUGGAUGUGAGCAAAUGGGAGCAAGAAUUUGUACAGUAAAAGAAUUACGGGUGUGUUUUCUUCUCAAAUUUCUCUUUCACAAAAAGUCAGCAUUUGCUAAAAUAUAAGACAUGAAAGGAGUUCAGGUCAGGGGAUCCCUGCUGAGCUGGAACGGCCUUGGGGACUGGGGACCGCAGAGGGAAGCCGGACACAGGUGAGGUAGGCAGGCCGGUCUGAGUAGAGGAGCGGAGGUGGGGAGGAGCCAGCCCCUAGGAUCCUCCUAUCAGGGCUUACCAUAAUUAAAGGAUCAAAGAUCAAUGUUGUUAACAUUCUCCCAAAAUGAUGAUGGAGAAGUAAUUACUGAGAUUUUUUUAAGGUAAUGGAAAACAGUAUGUGCAUGUAAAUAUUUUUGCCUUUUAAUCAGUUGUGAUUAGAAGAGCCAACGCUUUGAGCUACUGUCUGGUGCAUCUUGCCCUUCUUCCAGUUCCUGGCCAUUACUUAGCUGGGGACUGGAUGGGAAGAAACACAUCGUCCCACUGGCUCAUUUUACGACUCACUAAACAAGCAUAGCAGACACCCAUUACUGCUUUUUGGCAUUUGGGGGAUUUUGAGAUGUAUGUACGGCUAACGAUGGAAUCAGCGCAGGUCAGAGCAGAUGUUAAUGGAGUUCAUACCACAUGGUCGGUAGAAGGGCCUGUCUCCCUGCCUGGUCAUGUGUGGUGUUAUUUAGAGCAAGGCUGGAACCGCACAAGGAAAUAGCAGCCCCUGGCAGGAGGCAUCUGAGUGACUGAUGCACAGGGGUCCCCAGGUCUCGGUGGGUCCUGGAAGGGAGGGUUGACCAAGGUAGCAGGAGGGAAUAGACACAUCUGGCUGCCAGCGCCGCUGCGCCGCGCGCUCAUUGGCUGUGAGGUCCGUCAGUCGGAGGCGGGCCUGCGCCGCGGCGCCUCGCGCUCAUUGGUAGCAAGGGCCGUCAGUCGGGGGCGGGCAGUCAUUGGGCGCAGGGGCGUAAGUCCUGCGGCUGCGUAGUAGCUGUAGGCUCCGCUACCACCGUAUUCAAGUCAGUAGCGUCUCGAGCGCCGCGGGCGAGGCAGCUUCGGCUGCUCUCUCCGUGCUUCGGUCCGCUGGCCCCGGGCAGGAGCGGCCCCUGCGAAGACCAGAUGUUGAUGGACCCGCGCCGCUGCUCGGCUGCGCCAUCCUCCCGGCGCGCAUGCGGGGGCGGCACCGACCUCGUGCCCGGCCUCGGAUCGCCGCCUCGCGCCCGCUGGGCUCCCGGUGCCGCAUUCGCCUUUCUCGGGUCUCCCGCAGCGGGCGGAGGGCUGCGAUCGACCCGGACUUGGAGCCGCUGCCCCGGUCGGACUUCAGAGAGCUCGGCCGAGAAGCGGCUCCCGCUGUCGCAUUUCUGCAGUGGAGGUUCCAGAGCGGGCCCUACUUCAGGGGUGAAGGCGACAGCGACAGCCCUGCGGGCUGGAAGAUACCUGCCGAGCCCCCACUGUGUGUCAGCCCCUGUCCUGAGGACCUGGAAUGCAGUGAUCACGAAGACCAUCCUUAUGCUCAAGUCUAGGACACCGAGGCUGGGCAUACAUCACCGCCCACUUCCAGUGCCUGCUGCGCAUGCUCCUCCUGCCGGCCAGCGCCACCUACUUCCGGUGCCCGCCACGUGUCCGUCCAGCUGCGCCAUCACCUGCUGCAGAGAAGGAAGCUUCCUGCCUGGUCCCGCCCGCCGCUCGCCAGUGCCUCCCACUCAUACCGUCCCCGCCGGCCAAGGCCUCCUCCCGCUGAUGUCGCCGUCGCUCGCGAAAGCCCUGCACCGCCGGCCGGAGCCCUCCAACAGCGGCUGCCUACCGCCGGCUCCAGGGCCCCACCUUGCCAGGGUCCCUGUGCCCUUCUCACGCAGGCCUGGCCUCGCAGCGGCAGCUCACCCGCAGCCACCGUCCUGGAGCCCGCCCCUCUCCUGCCCUGCCCGCCGGUGCCUCCCGCUGACACCCGCCCUAGACGCCUGCCGCUACCACCGUCCUCCAAUGCCUUCUUCCGCUGAUGCCGAUGUUGCUGCCUUCACCAGCGCUCAUGGCCCUCCACUGCGAGAUCCCUCAGACUCGUACCACCGCCAGCAGGGGCCCCCCUGCCAGGGACCCGGUUCCCUGGUUCCCUUGCAGGCCUCGCCGCCUUGCAGCAACCUCAGUUCAUAGUUUCCACAGGGAACAACUUUGAAGUCAACUCAUGAAAGUUCUACUUGAUCCAUUUGUGUAAACAUCUGCUGUUCCCUACCUUCAGGGUCACACGAGGCAGGUAGAACACCAACCCGCCCAGAAAACUGGAACGAAGAGGAGAAGAUGUGAUAGAGGAACAUCGAGCCUAAACUGAGAGCAGCCGGAUGUGGAUCACUGUGUUGCGCGAGUGGCAGGAACCUCAAGUCUCUCCAAGUGCUCCGCCUGUCUUUGCUUUCCAACCCCACCGGUCCUCCAGAGCAUCAUGUGAGGGUGACGAUGAGGCCAUAGGAAGUAUACCAGCAUGAAUCCCAUACCAUUUUUUGUCUGAAUGGCAGGCUGAAGAUACCAUCCCAAACCAGAGAAUCUGGAGCCAUGAGAGAAGUCCUCGGCAGAAGAUCCAAGUGAUGGGACAGGGUCAGAAACACGGGCUUGGCAGAGAGGAGGGGGUGAGGUUCUUACAUGCGCACAAUACCCUGCCAGUGAAGAGAGGUGGGGGCAAGGGAAGGAUAACCAGAACAUCAGUCAAACGGGAAGGAGCCAGAGAUGAAGAAUGAAGGAAUAAAUAAAUUCCACUUAAUCUUCAGGAAAUUCAUUAUCAGCCUGGAAAUUUGUCUGAUGGCCUGAUCCUGUCAGCAGCUGUAACUAGUUUGAGGACUCGUCCAUUUCCAGCACUUAAAAUGCAUCAUUUGCUUUUGCAGAACAUGCUUAACCUGAAGAAGGUUAAUGGUUUUGGCAUCCUUACAAAAUACUAAGGCUCUCAGCAACUGCAGAGCAUCUUCCUCAGGAAACUGCAUUAUGCUCUUCAGCAUUCCAGCUGCUCUGUUGCAGAAAUUCAUAUAUCCUGUAAACCCAGUCAACCAGGUGCCCUCCCAACUACUACUGAUAAAAAGGAGUCUUGCCAACACAAUAAUGAAGUCUCAUGAUGCUGCAGCUCCACUUGUCUUCAUCCAACAGCUCCAGGCCUGCAGAGAAAUGGGCUUUCUCAGGCUUAAUAGGCCAACAUUUGGCAAGAAGUGCCUCAAUAUGUAGGAACCUCUUCACCAGAAAUGGGCAAUCACAUUCUCACUCCUUAUACUUUCUGGUACAGUCCAUCAGAAUGAAGUUCCAGUGAGGCUUCUUAUCCUUUAAGCUUCCAUUUUUAUCCCCAGUUUUCAAAAAUUAUCUUGAUAAUUUAAAGAGAAGAGCCAGAUUUCUUAUAUUUCAGAAUGAAAAAUAUAUUCUUGGGCUUUGGUGAGUGAAGCAGUGAAAUUGUAAAUAGGUUCAUCAAAGUUGGCAAGAAUUGUAACCCGACAUGUAGUUAUGGUCCAAGUCUGGCAGUUCCUCCAUAUCUCUUCUUUGUCUUUCCUAUUCAGUGAAUAAACUGAAAAAUAACAAGCUA